GAACGGAAACUGUACAAAACGAAGCUGUGCGCGCUAUAUCAGAGAGGUCGCUGCAAUCGCCAAAGUUGCUCGUUUGCACAUGGAGAUGCGGAGCUUCGCAGAUAUUUAGGCUCCUAUCAUGGGAUUCUAUGAAUUUGACUCAGAAUCUAUUGGCAGGAUGUGCAUAUUAAAUUCUACUGCGGUGAGGCUUUUUAAUUAACACAAAUAAUAUUAACUGACGGGGUUAGUGUUGUUUUGCUUCAGAAUGAAUAGUCUGGUUGGUUGGUCUUGAAGCUGCUAUUGGUGUUUUUCAUGGUAAACUUUAUCAUGGUUUUUCGUAAUGCAUCUACAGAACUGCGUACCACCUUUUUUUUCGUAAUAUCCAGAUGGCUAGCAGGUCUGCUGAUAUUCUCAGGUGUUAUCUCUUAUGAGUUCUGCUGUUUUUGUGAUGAUGGAGAUUCUGGUAUUCAGUUCAUCUGUUACUUCUGGAAUGAAAUUAUGUGGAAAUUUCAGUUCAACUGUUAGUGCUUGAAUGAAAUUAUGUGGAAAUAUCUCGGCUGGAGAAAGAUGAAGUUUCUAUGGGAGUUCUACCUGAAGGAACCAUAUUUUAUUACUUAUUGAUGGCCUAUUUCAAAAUCUUAUUAUGGAAAUCAGGAGAAAUCUCUACCCAACUGCAUUAUAUUUGUUAUUGCUCCAAGAGACAGAUUAUUCUUUGUCCAUGCAAAUUUUAUAUUCAAAGGCUGUCCGGUCCAUAUAGGCUUGAAUUGGGGUAUUGUAGUUGUAGUCUUUGCCUGAGGAGUAAAAUGUAAUGGUUUCUUUGCGACUGGCGAGGAGGCAUUAUUACUGUUCAUUAUUAUAUUGAUCAUUGUGUCCUUUUGAUGGUAAGCUUAGCCUAAGUACUGUUUAUGGGUCCUCUGGUUGGUUUUGAAUAAAUAUAGAUUCAUAAUGACUAUUCAGGUGUACUCGAAAUCUUUUUCUUAUCUUUGUGCAGGUAGGCAUGGUUAUCAAGGUCGUGAUUUGAGAGAUAGGCUUGACAGAAGGAUUUCUCCUAGGAGAAGGUAUUCUCAAGGGAGAGAUGCAAGAGGGCGACAGACAUUUCAUGGACAUAGUCCUUCCAGUUCCCUUAAAAGAAAGAGUGACAAGAGAAGCAGUAAGAAACAGUGUUUGGACGGCCAUAGUGAAUUUUCUGAAAGUUUACAAAUCUCAGAUGGGGCUGAUAAAAGUGUUAAGAAAGGAAAAACUGCAUCAUCUGAGUCCAAAGUUGUUCUUAAAGAGCAGUUAAAGAAAGUGGAAACAGAGAUUCAAAUGUUUGAUCAGCAAAAAAUUCAAUUGGGGGUCUUAAUGGAAGAGAAAGUUCAAGAAGCAGAGAGUCUUACUUCGAGAAUUUUGGAGCUUGAUACCCAGUUGUCCAAAGAGAAAGAGGAAUGCAGAAGGGUUACUUCACAAAUCAAGAAGUUUGUCAAAGCACAUAAUCGUUAUUCGCAAGUUCAGGAUGAACUAAAGAGAUCCCAACUGCGGCUUCAGAAGUUUGGAGAUCAGUUGGGUUCAGAUAUCGGUAGAGAUGGUGGCAAUGAAGAAGAUUCGAACGUGAAUAUCAUAAGUGAUGAGGAACCUAAUGAUUAUCAUUUAAGAGGCCAACAGAAGGUGAUUCGACACAAUUCCUCACCGAACAGGAAAAGACUCCAUGUCAAUCAAGACACUGCAGAAGAAUCCAGACAAGCCAAAAAUGGCAGAAAUGUUGACGAAACUAUCAGAUCAGAGAAAUUUUUGUGGUCUAACAUAUGGACGGCUCAAUUAAAUGUUGACAAUGUAGUUGAUGUGGUAAACAAUGAAAGUGGUGGUGAUCGGUAUCCAUCAAAGGACAGCAGGAGGCGAAAGAGAGGAAAGAAUGUUCCAAUUGGUACCCCUUUCGCAGAUAAGGUGAAGGGUCCUGGUUCAGGGGGUUUGUUACCAGCAACCAGCAUGGCUGCUCAUGUGGUUGAUGACGUAGCUGAAUUUGAAGAAGAUGAGAGAAUUGAGGUAGUUGAAUCUGCUUCUAUGGGAGAGGAGAAAUCGUUCAUGAAGAAUGGUGGUUUUAAAAAUAUAUCGAGAGGAAUUGAUAAAGGAGUUAUGCAUGCAGAUGUACGCAUGCCUUUUUUACUUCCACCGCCGCCGCCUCUCCCCCGAUAUAGUCAUUCACAGUACAAGGAUGAAGAUGAGAAUGUAGAUGUGGAGGUUGUGGAAGAAGAGGUGGAAAUCAUUUGACAUUUUCCAGAGUAAAAAGCCACCACCUAUUUUGGUAUAUCAAUCAGAAAUUGAUGAGCUUCAUAUGUAUAGUUUUGCGUAUACGAAUAUCAUUCGCUUCUCCUCUUGUGAACUAAUUUUCAUAUAUUGUCAUGUGCCGUAUGUGACACAGUAGUCAUCAUAAGCGUAAAAGAAAAGGGGUUGGGGCAGAUAAUGGGCUUUAGCUCCCAUCAGGCCGGGUUUCCCUGGCCCUCUAAGGUAAAUACAGGCUUGGGAAGCAUUUUCCU